CAAUGUGGAUUGAGCAGGGAGAGCAAAUAGCAAUCAAGUCUCAGAGGGGGGCCGUAUAUGAUGGGAAACAAGGGGUAUGGAGGAGGUUACUGACAGAAAUUAAGGAAGUAAAAUAAUAAGAAAAGCAAAUGUGCAGAUUGAAGGGAAAACUGCACAAAAGAUUGAGAUAAAUGAGUUCUUUUCCAAGUACACAAGAAACAAGAGGGUCAGAGGAGACACAGGGGCCCCUAGGAAGUCAGAAAGGACAAUUUAUUGGCAAAAAGAGGUAAUCAUUGCUUUAAAAAAAUUAAAUGAAUCUUUGCCUCCAUGCUCACAAAGGAGAGAAAUAGGAUGGAUCCUGGAACGGGAGAGACAAAUUUCCCUGGGGAAGGAGAAGAAAUAUUGAAGAAAAUCAGGCCAGGGCUUGUAUAGGCUCCUCACCACCAUAUUCUGCUGGGCCAGAUGGUCUCCCCCAGUCAAAGCACGGAGCUGAGAUAACCACCAUUCCUGCCGUCCCGCCCCGGCACCUGCAAAGAGCAAUACAGACACUGACUCCAGCUCUGAGGAGAAUGCAGUUCAAAGGCACAGCAUUUAAGAACCCAACUCCCAAAGGGGAUCAAAACCCCAAAUAAAUCCGUCUUUCACUGCGUGAGAGUUUCCCGCAUGUUGAAAGCCCAUCCAGAUAACAAGCCCGAGCCAUGCAGUCCUUUCGAGAAAGGUGUGGUUUCCAUGGCAACCAGCAGAACUACCAGCAGACUUCACAAGAUACAUCACGCCUGGAGAAUUACAGGCAUCAAAGUCAGGCAGGGCCGAACUGCGAGCGUCAGAGGCUGGUGGCGAAAGAGUACUACAGUCAGCAGCAGCUGCCUUACCCAGGGUACGAGAACAGCACCGUGGAGAAAUAUCACAGGGGGAAUAAGCAAUUGCCCAGCCAGCAGCUCCAAGGCCGGCCAGCCUUUUCAAACUACACAGUCCAAGAGAACAGCCCAUACCCAGCCCGCUAUACUGGGGAAGAGAGCCUGCAGACCUGGGCAGCUCAGCAACCAUCCUUAGCCGGAGGAGUGGCCAAGUAUGAGGAAAACUUGAUGAAAAAGAGCCCAGCUCCCACCGGCAGCAGGCAGUACCAUGAGCAAGCAGCUCAGCUUCCGUUCCGAACACAUUCCCUGCACCUCCAGCAGCCACCGCCCCAGCCACCUGCUUUGCCGUACCCCAAGCUCCAAAGGCAGAAGAUCCAAAAUGACGUCUCGUCCCCCAUGUCCUUUUCCCAGACCGGCCACUUUACCCAGCACUCGCAGUCCCAGUUCCCAGCAUCUUCGACAUACUCCUCCGUCUCAGGAGGGAGCCAGGCGGCUCACUCAUAUAAAAGCUGCACCGCGCCCUCCAGCCAGCCGCACGAGCGGCCCCUUGGAGGUGCGGCUAACCUUGCAUCUGGGCAGCGCGUACAGAACUUGCAUGGCUACCAGGCAAACAGAAUUAGCUAUGACCAGCAGCAGCAGCAGCAACAGCAGCAGCAACAACAGCAGCAGCAGCAGCAGCAGCAGCAACAGCCACCUUUCCAAGGGUAUCAAAACCUAGCUAAGUACCAACAUUAUAACCAGCCAGGCCAGACCUAUUGCCAGACUGAUGCGUCAGUGAGGACCCCAGAACAAUAUUACCAGCCAUUUAGUCCUAGCUCAAGUCAUUCUCCAGCUCGUUCUGUUGGUAGAUCUCCAUCCUAUAGUUCCACUCCAUCUCCACUGAUGCCAAACCUGGAGAAUUUCCAGUAUAGCCAGCAAUCUCUCAGCACAGGGUCUUUCUCCACCGGCAUCACCGACCACAGCCAUUUCAUGCCGUUGUUGAAUCCUUCUCCAACAGACGGGACCAGUCCAGAUGCUCAGUCUGGGAACUGCAAAAACUUGCAGAAGGAGAAGAUCCCUGAAAAUCUCCUGUCCGAUCUCAGUUUGCAAAGUCUAACUGCGCUCACCUCGCAAGUGGAGAAUAUUUCCAACACCGUGCAGCAACUUCUCCUCUCAAAAUCAACAGUGCCCCAGAAAAAAGGCAUCAAAAACCUUCCUAGGACCCCAGAACAGCUAAAAGGCCAACACUGCAGUCCGGAGAGCAGCACAUACUCUGCUGAGCAGGUAGGGACUCCCCUAUCGGACCCUCUUAGCACCCCUCAGUCAGUACAUGCUGAAGCUCAGGAUGCCGAUUAUAUGAGUGGGUCUGAAGAUCAACUAGAGAGGAAUUUCCUCUUUUGCAAUCAAAACCGCAGUCCAGCGAGGGUCAACAGCAACUCCAAGGCCAAGCCCGAGUCGGUCUCUACCUGCUCAGUGACGUCUCCAGACGACAUGUCCACGAAGUCCGAUGAUUCUUUCCAGAGCAUUCAUGCUAACCUGCCCUUGGAAACAUUCACCAAGUACAUGACCAAUGAAAGGGAGUGCCCGAGGCUGCUCCUCAGUGCACUAUCUCAGGAGGAACUGGCUUCCGAAAUCAUUGUGCUUCAGGAUGCUAUCAAUGAGAAGACUGACAAAGCCUGGCCCAACUCCCCUGCUUUAAACAAAGACCCCACAAAAUCCCCCUUCCAUUUAGAAAACCACAGAACGUGUCUGGACUCAAUGGUCAAGAGCGCAUGGUCCAACCAAGGUGACUCGGGCACCAGCAACGAACCCCUGAAAUUAGACAAAGCCUCCGGGGGAAACAACAGUAAGGAUUUCGGUGAAGAGGUUUAUGAAAAUCCCCAGGUGGAGUUCGCAACAACUGAGGCAAAGGAUGCUCUUAAAGUCCCCAGUUCUCUGGCAUAUAAUUCCAAACCCAACAUCCCAGCUGCUACGUCCAGUUCUGGGGCUGCCAGCUACAGCUGCUAUUCAAACACCACGGCCAACUCAGUGGGUUCUGAAAACACCAUGGAUCAUUUUGACUGGCCAGAGGAAAGCAUCAGCGAAUCAUGCCUUAGGUGGAAGGAGCUUGGGUCAUGUCUACAAACGUCCGAUCUUUCCAAGGGUUUGUUCAAUAGCAAAUUGGCUGGGUCUUGCAAAGAGAAAAAAAAUGCCUGCUGCUUGGAUAUAUGUGACGGUGAACAGCCAGCCAAGAAUGAACAAGCAGAGGACUUCAGCCAGCAGCAGAUGGGGGAGGAAGAGGAAGAGACUUUAACGUAUGAUGAAGCCACCAAAGCAGAUAGUGAGAGGUGGCUGGAGGACACCAGGCACUGCUGUUCAGGUGGGGACUUCAGUGAAAUCCCGAUAAUAUCCUCUCCAGAUCUGAAGGAGUCUGAUUUGGAGCCAGAAGAAUAUUCAUCUCUGUGUGAGCUGGCUAGUUCGGAGCAAAAGUCUGUGAUCUACGAUACAUCCUCACCUAAACCUCCUGAGAAUGCUGCAGUGCUCCUCUCCAAUGAUGUGCCGGUAUCAGCAGAAGAAACUGUAUGCACAGUGGAGAAAGAAAAUUCCAUUCCCUCCUCCCGUUUGUCUGGUCAGUCCGUUAUCCUCUUAGGCCCUGCAGUCGGUACUGAAACCAAGGUGAAAAGUUGGUUUGAAUCUUCUUUGCCUCACAUAAAACCUGAAGACACAGCAGUGGGGGAAAAUGACCUCCAGGAGAAGACAGAGACAGAAACGGCCUCGUUGGUCAAGGUAAAGACGCAAAUCCUACCGGAAGAUUUACUGGCAAAAUCAGAGUCUGUCUCGAGGGGCAAGAGUCUUCGCAGCAAGAGGGUCCAUCCCACAUUGUCAGAAGGAGAGGAAUCCAGCAAACUAGUACCAAGCCCGUUCAAAGACAUCCAGGCAGCUGGCAUGGUGGCCAGCACAUGUGCGGGGCCAGAUGGCCAGAUGGAAGCAACAAGCAAAAAUGCCCAUGGCCAGACUCCUAGAUUUCCAGCGGAAGGCUUGCCAGCUCGAAUGUGUACCCGCUCGUUCACUGCCUUGAGUGAGCCCAGGACACCAGCCCCACUGGAAGGAUUGAAGGUGUUGGCCCAUCAAGAAAAGUUAGGGAAGAAACCAGUUUGUGGCAUGAAGCAGAAAGUUGCUUUCAAAGCCAGGAAACGCACUGGAAGACUGUCCCCAAAAGUUGUCCAGAAUUCUGGUGACCCCACUUCUCUCCUGGUCCCAGACUUGAUGCAGAAUGAGGACUUUAUUAGCCAAAAAGCUAAAGGCCUGGAUCCCCAAGAUGCAGAGGUGAAGGAUCAGAGAUCCAUGAUCCUGCGAUCUAGGACCAAGACACAGGAGGUCUCCUACAUGAAAAGGAGAAGGGAGAAGAGGACAGCAGAGGUCAGGCUCAAAAACUGUAACGCACCUAAGAAGCUCCUUUCAAAUAACCAUCUGCCCCCCACCUUCAAGAUCAUGUCCCCGGGGGGGCCUCACAAAGAAGGGAAAGUGGGCAAAAGAAUCAAACUCCCCAAAUCCGGGCCCGGAAUGGGUAGCAAAAUGUCUGAGCGGCCUCUGCAUUCGCUGAAGAGGAAAUCCACCUUCAUGUCCCCUAUCCCUACCAAAAAGAGAAAUUUGGUUUUAAGGAGCAACAGCAGCAGCACAAAAGAGGAGAAGCCCGAAGCCUCCCCCAAUCUCUUUAAAAGGAUGCCGUCAGCCAAAAAGGCGAGAGCUAAACUACCCACAAAGAGCUCCUGCGAGGCAGCCUUGAAGCCCCCUCCUUCUAAAGAACCCCCCAACGUCUGUAUUAAAAUCACCUCUCGGGCAGCAUUUCAGGGGGCCAUGAAGACAAAAGUGCUGCCCCCAAGGAAAGGCCGGGGCCUCAAGCUGGAGGCCAUUGUUCAGAAGAUCACCUCACCGAAUUUAAAGAAGUUUGCAUGUAAGACUGCCGCUGCCGCUGCUGCCGCCGCCGCUGCUACUGCACACAGUAAUCCUCUGAGCCCUGCUGGCUUGGAGGAGCGGGCCUUCAAGAAUGCAAGUGUAACCCCGGUGGUGGGAGAAGAAGGGCCAUUAAACCAGGGCAUGGCACAAAAGGCUCCUGCCGUUUCAGUAGCAGAGCAAUUAUGCAGAAAUUCGAACAACAGAUCCUUAAAAGGAAAACUAAUGAACAGUAAGAAACUGUCCUCUGACUGUUUCAAGGGUGAGGCCUAUUCAUCUCCCGAGACAGUGCAGCACAACAGCGGCAGCAUGCCUGCAAAGAGCAUCAGCCUGCUGCCCAAGAAGAGAAACCGAAAAGGGAAAGCAGCAGCCCUCAGCGUGGCCAAAAACCCAUUGGACAGGCGUGCGCAUCUGGCCCCCGCUCUGCUCCUGACAGCCAGAGAGAGGGCAGGCGCGGGGGACGCACUGGGGAAUGGGGACGACGGACAAAGGGAUGGGAAGAAGCCAAAGACCGAGGACAAAGACUUUGCCAAGAAUGAACCCCUCGAGGGGAAAAGCUCCCAGGCCCAAACCCGGGCCCAGAAGCAGCGCACGAACCACUCCAACUACAACGGCUACUCCAAGAGACAAAGGAAACGGAAGGCCAAGAACGUGGCCUCGAGGUGUAAAAGCCGGGCGAAGCGGCGGCGGCAGCAGCAGGCCCCUCUGCUUAACCCUGCAGAGCCCGAAAUCAGGCUCAAGUACAUCUCGUGCAAGCGGCUGCGGACAGAUAGCCGAGCGCCGCCCUUCUCCCCCUACGUGCGGGUGGAGAAGCGCAACGAGUUCACCACCACCUGCACCGUCAUCAACUCCGCCGGGGAGGAGGCCCGGCUCCAUAAGGAGCACCAGCCGUCGUCCUCAGCUCAGGCCCUGCUUCCCGGAAGCGCCUCGCUGCAGCCCAGAGCGGCGCUGCCUUUAUCUUCCACAAUGCACCUGGGCCCGGUGGUAUCCAAGGCCCUCAACGCAGCCUGUCUGGUCUGCUGCCUCUGCCGGAACCCUGCCAAUUACAAAGACCUUGGGGAUCUCUGCGGGCCGUAUUACCCGGAGCACUGCCUGCCGAAGAAGAAAUCGAGGCUGAAAGAAAAGAUUAAAGUGGAGGGGCCGAGCGAAGAGGCUCCCGUGUCUUCGCCAGCGGAGAAAGCGCUCAAAACGACAGAUAAUAAUUGUACAACGAGUACAAUCAGUGGAAAGCCGCCAAGGCUGGACAGUGGCGCUGACUCAGCGAAACAGAGCGCUCUCCGGUCGAGUUCCAGGGGGAUGUUUAGGAAACUACAAAGCUGUUACUGCUGUGAUGAGAGGACAGAGGGAGAGGAGGCGGCAGAGAAACCCAGGCGGCACGAGUGCAGCAAAGCGGAGUCCCUGUCUCAGGAGCCGGUGGGCGACACGCAGGAGCAUUGGGUUCACGAAGCCUGUGCCAUAUGGACUGCUGGGGUUUACCUGGUUGCAGGGAAGCUGUAUGGGCUACAGGAGGCAAUAAAGGCGGCGGCUGAAGUGAGAUGUCCUAGUUGCCAACAGGCAGGAGCAACCAUUGGCUGGUGCCACAAGGGAUGUGCCCAAACCUACCAUUACGCGUGUGCCAUUGACACAGGUUGCUUAUUAACUGAAGAGAACUUCUCUCUGAAAUGUCCCAAACAUAAGAGGCAACCGUUAUAAUCCAUCUGCUGGGAAGUCGCCCCUCUGCCUGGCCCAGACCUCCGCAGAGGCUCCUUGGUGCUUGUCUACCAACUGCAAGAUCCCCCAGAGAAAGGCAAGGACGAAAGUGGAGAAUGUACCCCUCUGCGUCCAUUCCCCCGUGCAACAGUGCUCCCCCAGGACGGGGGAACACCCGGAAUUCAGGCCAGGUGGGAAGCCAGUUCCAAGUUCUACUUCUUCCCUUCUGCUCCCUCCCCCCACUCUCCCCAGAGCCAUUCCGGAUGGGCACGGAGAUCCAGCUCCAGGGUCUUCUUGGAACUCUACCCAGAGCCAUUCCAGGUGGGCACAUAAAAGCAGUUCCACGUUUUUUCUCCUCCCCCCUCUGAACUCUACCCCGGAGCCAGUGGGCAAAGAAAUCCAGUUCCAGGUUUUUCCUCCUCUCCCCUUUAGGACCUGUAACUGACACUGAUAGUAACAUCUUUUACCUGGGACAAGGCCCCAAGUAAAUUCCGGCCUGGAACAUUUUCAGCACCUCCCCCUGGAAGUGGAUUCUGGGUCUGCCUGCUGCGGUGGGACUCCCUUGACCCGAGAACGAAGGCGGCACGUGGACGGUGGCUUCUCUGACCUGGCUCCAGACGAUGCAAAUAACAAAACCCACAGCAAACACAGUCUGU